AUGCCAGUGAGGACUCUGCUCGUUGUGCCAGGCAUGGACCGCCUGUAUCGCAGCCCAGAUUGCCACGUGCUCAUCGGCACACCCGGCAAGCUUCUAGACAUAUGCAAAAGGACCCUCGACGCACGCACUGUUAGCAUCUUCGUGCUAGACGAAGCAGAUAUGAUGCUUGACUCAUCCAACGCAAUGGGUCCGCAGGUGCUGCAGAUCCGGAAGUUGUUGCCAGAGAAGUUGCAGGUUUUAUUUUUCAGCGCAACUUAUCCAGACGAUGUGCGACAAUUUGCGGAGAGCUUGGUGCCUCGCGCAAUGUCGAUCAGAGUCCGGAAGACGGAGCUGACUGUUUCCAGCGUCAAUCAGUUUUAUACAGUUGCCUGUGGCAAGUCCAGCCAUCGUGCAAGCCAGCACUCAGGGUGGCGACUGUUCGACGAGCGCCAGGAAGCCGUACUGUGUGAAUCCUUGUGCCCCGAGGUAGGGGACAUUCGCAACGUCAUCCGUUGUGUGGAAGCGUUUGGAGCAACGCCCAAUUGCCGCCACACGUGA